AUGGGGACGAAACGCCCAUACUCGUCUGUCGACGGCCAGGGCGGCAGCUAUCACAAGCAUGGCCCCUCAAAAAAGAAGCCAAAGCAGGGCAGGAGGAACCCCGGGGCCGAGGAUGCUUCCGUCAACGCCAUGAAGACGCGGGCGCGCACGAUACAGCGACGCCUUCAGAAACAGCCUGGAGACGAGAGGCCGAUGCCCGCAAACGUGCAGAAUGACCUCGAGCGCGAGCUGGUGGCGCUGAAACAACGGAUCCAGGAGGCUCGGGACAAAAAGCUGAGGAGCAAUAUGAUUGGCAAAUACCAUAUGGUGCGCUUCUUUGAACGCAAAAAGGCACAAAGACUGGUGAAGAAGAUCCAGAAGGAACUCGACGAGGCCAAGGACCCGGACGAGAUAGCCAAGCUACAGAAGGAUCUGCAUAUUGCGCAGGUGGACGUCAACUACGCCAUAUAUUUCCCUUUCCUGGAGCAGUAUAUCAGCCUAUACCCCUCCGCUACCAAAGCUUCCAAGGAGACAGGCGAUGCGCCCGCGGCGCAGCUAGCUCUGCACGCAGAACGUCCGCCGAUGUGGGCAACAGUGGAGGAGACAAUGGAGCAGGGAGAGCGUGCGCUCAUCAGGUUACAAAACCGACGUCCCGAGUCAGGGGGCGAUCCCAAGGGCAGGAAGCACAAGGUCCCAGCCGAGGCGGCAUCGGGAGAGAGCAAGCCCGAACCAUUAAAGACUAAGAAGGAGGACGUAGGGGGCGGCAAGGGAAAGAAGAAGGCCAAGGAACUGCCCAAAGCCCAGCCUGACGAUUAUGAGAGUGGCAGCGAGAGCGAUGGAGGAUUCUUCGAGAUGGCGUGA